AGUAACUAUCACGCUCAGAGUGGGGGAAGACCGCGAAUGUGAAAAAACCUCAGCGCGUUUAACGUUAGUAAGAAGGAUAAACCAUGGACCAAAAGUCAUAUUUUGGUCGACGUCGAUGUUUCAAAUGUCACUUCUUCGUUACGUCGGUGACGCAGAGGAGGAGAGAGAGCGGGUUGGCUCGUGGGAACGGGACGCGCACAUGACCCGCCUUAUUUGGGCUGGGUUAGGUUGAGGUUCCGGGGCUUGGGGAGGACUCUAGCUGAUAAACAACUCCGACAUCAUAACAGUCUUUGAAAAACAGCAACAUAGCGAGACGACGGCCACACCCAGAGACCAACACACGUCCGUUUCUUGGCCAGCUGUUUCCCCCUGACGAGGCGUCAUAGCGACAUCACAACUCAGGCCGCUCGGGUUUCUGAGCUUGGCGCAAUGGAAGCUGUCCUUGAUGCUGAGCAGGCAGGUGUCCACGGAAGACACUGUCUGUAUUAGUGACCGCCUCAAGGGGGAGCACUUGCGUUGCUUAACCUGCCAAAGACACAAGCAAGGGAUCCUCAGAUCAACUUGGUGACCCCUUCUCAUCUCCAGUGGGGAUUGCAACACAGGCACCAAGAUGAUCGGCAAGAUUCUCUCUCAUCUGCUCGGGAGCGCCGGCGAGGACUUUGAGACGGCGGAAGACGCCAACCAUGAGCUGAUGGAGUUUGAGGAGGGAGGAUGGGUUAUUGUUGACGUGCAAGAGAGCGAGCCGGUGACUACAGUGACGGCCUCCGAGGUGGACCCCCUGGAGAACCUGCUGAUUGAGCACCCCAGGAUGUCCAUCUACCAGAUGAGAUGCAGUGUGGAGGGAGCGGAGGAGGAGCUUGGCUCCGAGGAAGACGAAGAAGAAGAGGAGGUCACCUCCAGGCACGUGGCAGUGAGGCGGCAUGUGUCCUGGCGUCUGGCCGCCUGGGGAAUCCCGCUGCCCUGCGACCUCGACGUCCAGCUGCUGGCGGUGCAGAGGGCCGGGACCCGGGCCCAGGCCCAGGCCGAGCGGAAGAAGCUGAGCCGCAGCGCCCUCCACAAGCAGAACCUGGCCAGGGUGCGUUUCUCCCCGGCAGAGAGAUGCUACGGCCACUUCAAGCAGCCCUGCCAACGCCUCUGCAACUACUGAGGCUGUUUGGACGGGACUGCUCGUGAGAGAGGAGAGCGUUUGGAGUUGCAGCGCGGUGCCUGGAUCACUUUUUUCUCACCACUGUUCCACCUCACACAGUUAAUUCUGAGCGCCCACCAAGGCAAACCAUCAAAAGACUGAACCCCAAUAGGUUUUUGCUUUUGCUUUUAAUACAACCAACCUGCACUGCACCUCUCUCACGCCCGAAACACGGCGAGAGCGGUGAAUCUUGAUCUCCUGACGUCAUGGCGUCCCUCAGGUUGGAGAAGCGUUAGGAAUUCUACAUUAUGAAAUGAGAACAGCUGGGCGGAUUCAGAUUGCUUCGAUAUUCGUAGGUGUGUGGGGCUAAUGUGUGAAAGUUAUUGUGUGACACUGAUUCAAACAUUAUGAAAACUUCUAAACAAUACUUUGCUCCAUAUGGAUUUAUUAAUUGUGACGCAGUUGGAUAACAGCUUGUUUUCAACUGGUUGGUCGCAUUCAGUAUGUAUUAUCUCAUGUGCCUUAGCUUUAGACGUUCUUGUGAAUGUGAGUGUGUUAAAAUGUACUUUCAUAGCACGUAUUCAUGUGGUGUGGGGAAAAAACCCACCUGGGAAUUUCCUAAUAUGAAUGCUCAUUUAGUUUGAAUCAUUACAAAAAACAGUUUUGUAUCAAGUCCAUCGUUUUAUUCUUUUGAGCGGAUGCAUACUGAUUAUUAUCAAUUUUAUACAUGUUGCUUAUUGAGUGUAAAUACAGUUGAAUAUUAUGUUUUUUUUCUAUUUGCGUGUAUUUAUAAAAUGUACCCCCCCCCCCCCAAAAUUAAAAUCUUGUAUUCUUAA